GUUUUGUGCUGCGAGACCAACCACAGCAGAGACAAGGGUCAGCCCAGCCAGACGCCACCGCCGCCGUGGUCGCGCCGCACGUAAUAACUCUCGAGACUCUCGAACUCCUCGCGCUCGAGAGAGAAGGCAAGGAGGAGAGGACCCUUCGGGACGAGAGGGAGGGCGAGGAUGGGCUCGGGGGACGGAGAGGUCGCCGCGAGCAAGGAGAAGGGCGGCGGCGGCGGCGUCGAGCGGGUUUCGCUGGACGGCGUGCGGGACAAGAACGUGAUGCAGCUCAAGAAGCUCAACACGGCGCUCUUCCCGGUCCGCUACAACGACAAGUACUACCAGGACACCAUCGCCUCCAAGGACUUCUCCAAGCUCGCUUAUUACAGCGAUAUAUGCGUCGGUGCGAUCGCAUGUCGCCUGGAGAAGAAGGAAGGAGGGGCGGUCUGUGUUUACAUCAUGACCUUGGGUGUACUGGCACCAUAUCGUGGCCUUGGUAUCGGAACAAAGCUGCUGAACCAUGUUUUCGACCUCUCUGCAAAACAGAACAUCUCUGAGAUAUACUUGCAUGUUCAGACAAACAACGACGAUGCCAUUGCUUUCUACAAGAAGUUUGGGUUCGAAAUAACACAGACGAUACAUAACUACUAUAUGAACAUUACGCCACCAGACUGCUAUGUUCUUACCAAAUUUAUUGGUCAGGCUGCUACGAAUAAAUGAGCAACCACCCCUCCUUUUGUGACACACCUUCACCACCGAGUUAUGGUGGAGAUAGUUGGGGUCUUGUCGCAGUUUGUGCUGUGUUAUCAUUUUAUGAGCUCUGACAUUACAGACAUCUGAGUAGCCUUGCUACAGCACCGAGACAUCAUUUGUGCCUUAACAUUUUCUUGGUUUGCCGUGUUCGUGGGAGAGCUAUGAUCUUACAUGGAAAUCAGCAUAGGUCUCUCAUGCCCAUUCAGGCUUCGUAUUCUCAUGAA